UAACACAACUCAUGUUAAGAAACUGUAGAUCCUUAAUUAGACUUCCAAUGCUAAAUGGGCUUUCUAAUCUCCAGGUUCUUGAUCUUUCUGGUGCUAUCAGUUUAAAGGAAACCUACGAUGACAUUUUUGAAACUGCACAUAGCCUUAAAGUUCUUGAUUUAUCUGAAACUGGCUUGCAUGCCCUACCUUCCAUCACUUGCAAUCUUUUCUCAUAUUUUGCUAAGAAAUUGUACAGCACUGACGAAGCUGCCAAGUACAAAAGCUUGUAGAGAUCUUGAAUUACUUGAUCUCUCUGGUUCCUCUAAUGUAGUUGAAAUUGAAGAUCAAUCCUUUCAACAUUUGUGGUGUCUUCGUUGCCUAAACCUCUCAAGUACCAAAGUCCAGUCUCUACCAUCACUCUCCCACCUUCUUAACCUUCGCUUUGUCAUUUUAAGGGAUUGUGAAUUCUUACAGCAUCUUCAAGAAAUGGAAGGACUUGCAAGACUCGAGGUACUUGACCUCACUAAUGCACGUUCUCUAACAGGUUUUGAUUGCAAUGAGUUCCAAAAUAUGAGCAAGCUUAUCCUAUGUGGUUGUUCCUCACUUAAUGAGUUGCCACAUUUCCCUAAAAAUCUUGAAAUGAUUGAUCUUUCUGGUUGCACUAAUUUGUUAUUAAUUGGUCUUUCCAAUAGACUCUGGGGUCUGUCUGAACUUCGGAUACUCAGGCUUUCUGAAAUUCGGGAUGUUUACCUUCCCACCAUAAAGUCUCUAUCAAAUCUUGUUGAGCUUAAUAUUUCUAAUCUAGGAGUUACUCCUAGAGAACACUCCCUGAGUAAUUUAUUUCAUAAUAGGAGGAACCUUUUCAACGUGACUUAUACUCCCCUCUACCCAGAUGUUUUCUCCCCAAGUAACUUAACCCAGUUGUCACUGAGAGGGUGGUCAGACAUGGAAGAUGUGUCAGCCUUAAAAACGCUUACGAGCCUUAAAGUUCUUGAUCUUUCCAAAACAGCAGUCAAACGCCUUCCUUCCCUGAAGUUCUUAUGCAACCUCUGCCAGCUCUUGCUAAGAGAUUGUUGGGGCCUGGAGAAGCUGCAGCAUUUGGAAUCUCUUAGUCACUUGGAGGUUCUUGAUCUUUGGGGUACUGGGAUAAAAGAAUUUCUCUAUGAGAUCUCAGAGCUGCCUCGCCUUAACAGCCUUCAUCUCCCCCUCCUGAAGGAAUCUAAAGAACUUGAUUGGAGGAGGAUAAAGCGCAUUCCUGAGGAACUAAAUUGGGUUGAUUGUGACGUCUUUCGGGCGACAAAAAUAUUUCCAUUGAGUGUAAAUAAUCCCCACGUAAUGGUUCGUGGCAGCAAGUUUUUUGAAUUUUUGGACGAAAAUCCCACGUUAUGGGCUGCAUACUUCAAGCAAUUUGAGUUCUCCGUUUUACCUCCAAUAAAGCAAGGUGAAGGUGGAGAUUUCUUUAGCCACAGAGAUGAAGUCAAAUUUAGAGAUAUCUACACAAGAAUCAGAUGUUUUCCUAGGUACUUGGAAAUCCACAGGCAGUCUCUGGAAAUUCGGUCUUGCAGUCCCUUCCUCGGUCUGCAGGGUGUUCUCAAGCGUGCUCGAUAUAUAUGUAUACGAGAUAAUGCAAAUAUCAGUUGCUUAUAUGAAUUGGGUGCAAACAAUAUCAGCGCAAUGAGUGGCUGUUGCAUAGAGAGAUGCACUAACAUGGAGAGCGUUUUCGGUAGAGAAGAGGAAGCUAUUGGAGCAUCAAACAAACUUGAGAUUCUGCAGAUUCUUAACCUCCCUAAUCAGAAGAGCAUACGCAACAAGAAUUUCCAAGUUGAGAGAUUCAGUAAUCUUAAGCACCUGUAUCUAGAAUGUUGUCCACUGCUUGAAACUGUUUUCUCCUUGUCCUGGCAACCAAUGAACCUUCAGACUCUUCAGAUUAGGUUCUGUGAUAAUCUCAAACGUGUGUUUGAGUUUGAUGGAACAACGGUGUGUUCAAUGAAACAUCUAAAGAUUCUGCAUUUGUUUGAACUGCCAGAGUUGAAAAGCAUUGGAGCUGCCUUGCCUUCUCUUGAAAGAUUUACAGGGGGAGAAUGCCCAGAACUUGAUGACUUUUUCACAUGCUUCUUUCUUUUUGUUCGGGCAAUACAAAACUGGACUAUGACCAUAAGUUCUGAUGACAGUCAGGCCUGUCUUGGGUCGCUGAAGUUGCCUCCCCGAAUAAAGCACAUGGCCUCUCAGAAAAAUAAUGAAAUUUCACAUGAAUGAACACUUGGAGAACUUUGAAAACUAACUCCAGGUACUAUGAUGCUUCUGUGUAUUUCUUUUUCUUAAUGGUGAGAAGCGGACUAAUGGUUUCUACUGCUUUGGAGCUGUCUAUUUUCUUGUUUCUGGUGUUGGUUUCGUUACGAUGUUGCUACUUUGUGAAGAAUAUGCUCUAGUUUGCUGGAAUGUGAACGUCAUUUUCAUGAGGAGUUGAGUGGUUAUCCUGCAGUUUAAAGUUUAGAAGAAUUCGGCUAGCUAGCUAACAGGUGUUUCUGUGAUUAUGUGUUGAGGACUCAUGUAUGUUUUACCCAGAAGCUUUAACUUUGAAGCUUGUCUGGGAUAUGAGAAAGGUUGUGAACUUUUGUUGGUAAUUCAGCGUAUAGAAAAAAUCCUCGGAGAAUGAAGUAGCAGAUCUUGCUGUUGAAACGUAACUUCAUCAUUGGUUUUCUCUCUUGCUGCUAUGUGAGAGUUUGCGUUCCUGGCUGUUGCGAUUUUUUUUUUAUGAUCUUCACUUGGAUGUAAGAUUGAAUCACAUGUUCAUAAGAUUUCAAGUGAAAAUUGUUUUGUUUGAUUCUCAAGCUUCUUUACAUAAAGAUGAGAUGAUUAUAGCCUGGUACAAAAGCUGCUAUAUGCGGAGUGGAGGAGACAUCUGCCGCUAUUGCAUGCGAUUUUUGGUCAAAGUUUGUCGCUAAUAAGUGCAAUUGCGGGUUAUAUAGGUUAUAUUUAAUCUUCAAUUUUCACUUUUGUCAUGUUUUGUUUUUUGCAGAUUGUAAUUAUAACAUGGAGUAGACUUUUACCAAUAUAUAUUAAGUGAAAUACCUGAGUACUUAUUAGUAUAA